AAUUUCUAAACAUUCGACGUGAAAACAAACGACGCUUGUUGCAAAAAAAGAAUAAUCCUUGCAAAAUCGCCACAUUUCGUAACAGCUGAGUAGCAAACAGUACAGUAUUACAAUCAAAAUGCCGGCAGAUCAAAUACAAUACUCUGAAAAAUACUUCGAUGCCAUUUAUGAAUACAGACACGUCAUACUACCUCCAGAUCUGACAAAGCUUGUACCAAAAUCACAUUUGAUGAGUGAAACCGAGUGGCGCAAUUUGGGUGUACAACAGAGUCCUGGUUGGGUGCACUAUAUGAUACAUGCGCCAGAACCUCAUGUUAUACUCUUUCGGCGACCACGAACGGAUUUGCCGGAAAUAGGAUCAAAUGUUAAUAGUAACUCCAACGUCAAUGUGACGGUCAAUAAUGCCAAUACGGAACAGCCGUCAGCACAGGCAAAACAGUUGAAUGCCAACAAUAAUGUAUCAGUGCAUGGAUAAGUAGUUUGUGUCUGAUGGAGUUGCAGGCAUAACACAAUGACACCGAUUUAAAAUUCACACAUAAAUACCUGUAAGAUUUUUAGUUGAUACUUUUGUUGAUUUUUACACAAAGGUGUAAAGAAGAAAUAUUUCAUUCACUGCUUACCUACUUAGGGCCAGCGGACGGAAAUGUUAUUGUCCUUUUAAAAUGCAUGAAUUACUCAGCGAUACGAAUCAAAGAAAUAUAUGUAAAUACAUAAAUACAUAUUUAAUUUUAAAAUUAACACACGUGAAUAUGUGGAUAAACUAUUGACAUUGUUGAACACAAAAAGAAAUAUACUAUAUAUAUACUACAUAAAACAUACAUAUAUAAUAUGGAAGAAGCGCAAAUUUAAAAAAGUUUGCAUGUAAUCUUAAGAUUUUUACUGCGAUGUAAUUAAAUGAUUGUCUUUUUUAUAUCAUAACGUACAGAAUAAAAUCAGUUUAUUAUAUAAA